AUGCCUGUUUCACGAACGAUGUCAUCGAAAUCUUCGCAAGAGAAUUCAGAAGAUGAAUCCGAAUCUCCAUCGCCUGACGAUGUUCUCAAAAUCUUAAUAACAACAGAUAAUCAUCUCGGUUUUGCAGAACGAGAUGAUGAACGUGCAAAUGAUUCUUUAAUUGCAUUCGAAGAGUGUCUUCAAAUAGCGCGUGAUGAAAAUGUAGAUUUCAUUUUACUCGGCGGCGAUCUGUUUCACGACAAUAAACCAUCGAGUCAUAUCAUGUUAGAAUGUAUCAAUCUCUUACGAAAAUAUUGUCUCGGUGAUAAAACAAUUGAGUUCAAGUUGAUCAGCGAUGAAAAAGUCAAUUUUUCAUCAACAGUGCAGUCGAAUCCUUUUCCAUGGGCAAAUUUCAAAGAUCCGAAUUUAAAUAUUGGCAUUCCCGUCUUUUCUAUUCAUGGAAAUCACGAUGAUCCAUCCGGUUCGACGCCAUUAUGUCCACUUGACUUGUUAAAUUCUUGUGGCUUAGUAAAUUAUUUUGGAAAUCUCUCAUCGUUAGAAAAUAUCGAUAUUCAUCCUUUACUUUUUCGUAAAGGCCAGACAAACUUAGCUAUUUACGGUCUCGGUUCCAUACGUGACGAACGUUUACAUCGGAUUUUCUUGAAAAAUCAAAUAAAUCUACUUCGACCAACGAAUCAACCCGACGAUUGGUUCAAUAUCUUCGUCAUUCAUCAAAAUCGUGUUGCACAUGGACCAAAAAACUACAUUCCGGAACAGUUUCUCCAUGAAUUUUUAGAUAUCGUCAUAUGGGGGCAUGAACACGACUGUCGAUUGACACCAGAAUUCAACACUGUUCAAAAGUUCUUUGUUAUUCAACCUGGUAGUACAGUUGCAACGUCAUUGAGUGAAGGCGAACAAAUCCAAAAACAUGCAGGAAUCCUUCAUAUAUAUAAGAAAACAUUUAAAUUACAACAACGGCCAUUACAAACCGUUCGACAAUUUUAUUUUGUUGAUAUUAAUUUAAGCGAUCAUAUCGAUGAGAAAGCUUUGAAGACACUAUCGAAUAGUAAACUCGAACAAAAGCUUGAUAAAAUUCUAACAGAUACAAUCGACGAACUACUCGUUCGUGCUGAGAAAGAACAUACUGGUCAUCCGAAACAACCCAAAAAGCCUUUAAUUCGUCUCCGUGUUGAUUACACUGGUUUUGAUCUAUUUGAUUCAUUUAAUGACAUUCGUUUCGUUCAAAAAUUUUCUGAUCGAGUCGCCAAUGCCAAAACAAUGAUAAAUUUACACAAGAAACGCGAACAAAGCCUGUUGAAAUCUCACGAGAUCAAACUUGAUCCUGAUGCAAUUAAAAUCUCGAAUGAUCAGUUUAAAAAUGCACAACGCGUCGAGCAUUCCAUUCAAACUUAUUUCGAUUCGACAACUGAAAAUAAUCGAUUACGUUUACUCGACGAAAAAUCGAUGUUAGCAGCACUGACCGAGUUUAUUGAUAAAGAUGAAGUUUAUGCCUUGAGUACAAUGGUCGAAGGACAGAUUGAACAGACACAAAAAUUUCUAUCGAAUCAAAUUCACACGGAUGAUGUAGCGUUUCUCGAAGAAGAGUUAAAGCGUUUUAAAAUGUUACAAAAUGUUGAUGAUGAUCAAGCUAAUCAACGGCGACGAGAUUUACUAACAGUAGCACGAAAAGAGCGACUUAAAAUAAACGGCGAUCGAUCAUACAAUGAUGACGACGACGAUGAUGAUUUAAUGGUCACUCAAACCAGAAGAACGAAAAAUGACGACAGUGAUAAUGAAAAUGAUGACGAUGAUGCAUUUGAGAUCAAUUCCAUGCGGCCAACGCAAAAGCGUACACAAGUGUCUACAACGGCAGGUCGUGGACGUGGCCGAGGUCGAGGAAGAGCGAAAGCAACGCCAAUAGCAACACCUCGUGGCAAACGAAAACCUUUUUAA